UUUAGCACUCGUCUGGUCGGCCGAUUGUAAAACUGAAGUGUAUUUUGUCUACUGAAUUACCGUGAGUUUAAGAAGAUUUUACAGUAAAGAUGAUUUUGGCUGUGACGGUCGCGUUGUUGGCUCUCGUGGUUUACAGAGCUGACGCUGGCUGUAGCAGAUCAAACUGGUGGUCAAGCCUGGACAAGCAGGGACUAUCGAGGUGUAGCGAUGGGAAUGAUUUCAUCUCGGGCUUCUACAGAAACGACAGAACAGGUUGGAAGAGUGACCCCUUGGGGUUGUUGGAAGAAGCGGAAUGUUGCUCUAGGAACUGGCCUUGGACAAACUCCAAAACCCAAACCAUGUACGCUGAUUGGUGGGGGACGUUCGACAGAGACUAUACUUGGGCUAAUUGUCCAGCUGGUUAUUUCUUAAAUGGUUUGUACAUAAGUGGAAACGGCAACGGCAAGUUAUUUAACAUCGAAGAAGGGAGAUGUUCUAAACCAGCAGACCACCCCCCAUACCACGGGCACUGUUAUGAUCAUGAUAUUUCUUCAUGCUUUGAUAACAAAGGCUUAUGUAGAUGUAACAACGACUACUACGUCGCUGGUAUAUACCGCGGUGGCUGUGAUAAACUCUACUGCUUAGAGAAACUGAGGUGCUGCAAGACUGCAGAGGAACCUGAAGCACUAGACGAGCUGUACAAGGUGAAGACUCGCAUCAUGGACACCACGAUGUCGGACAUGGCUUCAUUGGCUAAUUAUAUGGGCUACGGCUGGUGCGCGGGUUGUAGAGCAGCUCAUAUUGGAGAAGAUUUUAGAAGACACGGCGACACAUGGAACGCUGAUAAAAGUGGACGCUGUAAAGGGUAUAUGAAUGAUAGACGUCUGAGCAUUGCCUAUGGUGACUGGAGCUUUGGAAUAAAGGACAUCAAGUAUGGAGAACCUGUGAUACAAGACUUGACUCCCGAAACGAUUGACUCUGGUACCCUUUAUAACGAUGAGCCGACUGAUGCCACAAAGGGUGUAACGAGAUCUGAGACCAGUGUCCGUAGCGUCACCCACACCACAACAAGCUCUUGGAAAAACAGUCACGAGCUAGAUGUCAAGGUGACUUACACACCUUCUUCAGCAACAGGGGGUGUUGGUGGGUCUAUCGGCUACAAAUUCAACUAUGAAAAAAGCACAACGUCUUCAGAUGAAACAAAUAAUGUACAGUCGAAUACAUUUACGGUUAAUACGUCGAAAAUUCUGAAACCAAAUUCUGCAGCUAAAUGGAAACUUGUUUUAUCCAAAACAAGGACAUCAGUUACCUAUACAGCUACAAUUAUAGCCAAGUUUUCAACAGAAUUUAAAGGUUUUCUGCGUUGGGGUGAAGGACCACACGGUAAAUAUACCAACUACCAUUACCAGUAUCGUGGUAGCGGAGCUCGUCCCACGUUUAACUACAGAUUUGGUGACUCCAGCAUUCCCUUCUACACAGCCCUGAAACGACAAAGCGAAACCAACUCCCAGCCAUGGUUGUGGAACGACAUGAAAAAUGGCCAUCCGAAUGCACAACAUUUAAUCAACGAUCUGUGUAAUGAAAACAGGUACGUCUUCAAAUUAACUGGCCGGUUUGAUGACGUCAUUGGCAAACACGUCGAGUUUCGCUGGGAGUCUGCUCCGUUACGCAAGCGAUCAGCCGACCGUGGCGAGAAGGUGCCUGAUGUCAUACACCAGAACUCCACUCACGUCGCCAAGGCUCUGCCUAACGAUGUUCCACUGGUGAAGCUUGAGCCUCCUACAGUCAACAUAGAGGUCGUGAAUCAAGCUAAGAUUGAGAACCUCGAGUUAACUGGUUCUUAGUUAUAUAAAAGGAGUUUUACUAAGCAUCAUAUAUGUUAUACCUUAGUUGUACCAUUUAUACUAUUUAAUUGUAUGCUUGAUAGGUAAAUCAUAAAAAAGCCACUUAACUAGAGGGAUUUUGCAAGGGUUUGGACAUUAGUUACGAUUAGUGAAGAAAAGACCGUGGUUAGAGAUUGCUGCAUCACUAUUUUAUAUUUAAUUUCAUUAAAACAGUAUAUUUAAAUUGCUACUUUAAACUUUUUUGGAAAUAAAGUAAAAAUCACCAAUAUAGGCUACCAUAUCUGAACUCAAAUUGUUAAUAUCUCAGAAAAAAGUAACGUGUAUCUCAAGUGGAGGGAGAUAAAGUUGGAAUGAGACGUGGUUUUUAGCCGAGGG